UGCUUUAUAUUCAGUGGCCUAAAAAUAAAAGGUUAGGAAUUUACGUCAUGUUCAAACUCGCUACUUUAUUGCUCUGCUGUUGGGUAUCGCUGAGCGCCGGCCGUCUGACGGUCAGUGGCCGCGAUUUUUACUACAACGGCCAAAAGGUUUUCUUGUCAGGUGUCAACAUCGCAUGGAACUCGUACGGUUACGAUUUUGGUAACGGUCAGUAUGCCGCAAAUUCUAAAGCUACCCUCGAGUCAUGGCUCACUAAGAUCGACGCCAACGGUGGCAAUUCAGUCCGAAUGUGGUUGCAUGUGGAUGGUGCUAACACACCCGCGUUCGACAGCAAUGGUUACGUCACAGGUCCCGACAAUACAGGAACUAUGAUCAGCGAUAUGCGCUCUUUCUUGGAUUUUGCGCAGAGUAAGAAUCUUAUGGUCGUUUUCGUGUUAUGGAACGGAGCUGUCAGACCUAAAGAUAACGCUUUGAAUUUGCUUUACGAUGACUCUAAAUUGCAGACCUACAUUGACAACGCUUUAAAGCCUAUGGUAAGCGCAUUGGGCAAUCAUCCCGCUCUUGCUGCUUGGGAGAUCAUGAACGAACCUGAGGGAUUGGUAUUGAAUAACCAGUACAACAGCAAUGCGUGUUUUGAUACAACUCCGUUGAAAGAUACAGGUGCUGGCUUUGCCUAUACGAAUAUCCCCAUGCAAAACAUUUUGAAGUUCGUCAACUGGCAAGCGGAUGCGGUUAAACAGGUGAACAGCGCUUGUUUAGUGACUGUUGGUUCUUGGUCGGAACAUGCCCAGACGGACAGCAAAGCCCAGUCAAGAAACUAUUAUAAGGAUUCGUGUUUGACCGGCGCUGGCAAUAGAAAUUCGGGAAAAUUGGAUUUCUAUCAGAUGCACACCUAUUCGAAUAAAGACGCCACAGGUAACCAAAACUGGAAUCCCGAUGCCCCAUUCAAGGUGACGGGCUCUUCGUACGGACUGGACAAGCCUUUGGUGGUCGGUGAAUUCGCAUCAGUUUGCUCUGAGAGAAAUGAUAUCGGGAACAUGUUUCAAUACGUCUACGAUAAUGGCUAUCAGGGCGCUUGGUCUUGGCAUUAUUUGGAACAAGGGGACUGCACCGACUCGCAGGAAGCACAAAAUUUCGGCAUGGCCAGAAUUAAGGAUCAAAAUGGAAACGCUGGUGCCGUCACUUUUCCUUUGUAGAGAGUCCUCUAAACAUUUAUUGUUGUAUGAAUUAGAUUUGUUGAAAACAAUUGAAUUCGAAAAACAAUACAAUAAAAAAUAUAUACAUCACGA